AUGGCCAAGAUGCAGAAUUGGCUGGUGGUGACUUUUGGUGGUUCUGGUGACCCAGAACAGCCUGAUGCUGUGGAAAUCUGCUACUUGACUAGUGACUAUUUGCACGACCGCUUCUUCCCAAAAGGCCUGGACAACUUCAAGUCCCUCAUGGAAGAGGUGAAGCAGAUGGUGGAAAAGGCUGACCCCGGCUUUGUGUUCCAACGGCGAGCAGCGGCGUCCACAGUGCCUAUGCUUCCCCUGGCCAAUGAGACAGUGGAGGUCUUCCUCAACCCCUGGCACCUGUCAUUUGAUCCUGCCAUGUCUUUGAAGGGGAAGUCAAAGAUGGUGCAUGUUCUUCGGUGUGUGAACGACUUCCUGGAGAAGCCCUACAACUCUGUGGAGAACCCCAUCCACGUCUUUUUCCCCAAGUCCAUGUGCUCUGAGGGUGAUGGCCUGGAGCCCUUCAGCGUUGGCCAUGGCAUUGGUUUUGCAAAGAGUUUGGCAAUCAAAGCCAUCUUACUCGGUGUCUAUGAGAUCAAAAACGAACUCUCAGAUCCAGAGUUCAGAGCCCUGAUCCCGAGCAUUAAGCCACUCUUUGGCUUUCGCUGCACAUACAAGACGGCAGGGGAUGAGCGCACUGAUCGCUUCCAGUGCUUGCAGGACAAGUUUUCUGAAGCCGCACGCCCGCGCCCUGAUUGCAUUCAAGUGGCCAACCUUCUUCUUGCCCAAGCGCGGGCCGACGGCAUGCAAUGGGAUGAAGCUUGCAAAGUCUUGAUCCCAAUGUUCAACCAGGGCAGCCAGAGUGAGGUGAAGCAGCUGACGGACAUGGAGGUUUGCAUUGUGAAGGUGCUGCCGACCCUGGAUGAGGACACUUUCAGCGCCAUUGACUACCAUUGGCAGCAGACCUUGAUUAAAAACAGCGCCCUCCCAUACAAAGUGUUGGGCAAUGACUUCUUUUUCAAUGGCAGCAAGCCAAGGCAAGACAAUGAGCUGUGGAGAUGCAUCCUGGCUCCAGACAACAGGAAGCGGCACUGGUUUGUGAAGCGCAAGAUCCAAUACUUCCAGUUCAGGGUGGCAGAUGCCAAGCGCUUGAAGAAGAAGGUCAACCUCACUACAGCUUCCUCCAGCUUUCGGGACAAGCUUGAGAAUGAUGCAGCUUGGGCCGUGGCAGCUAUCUUCAGCCAUUUUCUCCAGCAGUGGGAGGGCCUACUCACGAAGAGUGGCAUGAUCAGGCUCCAGGAAAAGUUCUGCAGGGGCUACCUUGACACAGAGCUGCAGGAGAAAUACCGGAUGCUGAAUCCCACCCUCGCUCCGUCUUCGUUCCGUUUUCUCACUGAAGUAGGCUACCAGGGGGCCACCAUUGACUCCAAGGAAGACAUGGAAGCCAAGGCGAACAGUGACCUUGAGAAGGCAGAGCUUGCAAAGGCCAAAGCCAGGCUUGCCAAAGAACAAUUUCUUUGGAAGUCUUUCCAAGGCAAGGUUGAGGAUUUCAAGCUUCAAGGGCUGGGUCUGAAGCAAGAGCAGCUAGAUCAGGAGAGGGCCAAGCAAAGGGCUGCCAUUGAGAACUACGCUGACACCUUCUUCCCGCUCAGAGACCUUGCUGAGGUCUCACAUGGUGGAACUUUUGCUGAGGCUAGCAUCAACCGUUUCUGCAACGAUCAAGGCUUGCCCAUGGAACCUGUGUACAAAAUCUACUGGUUGAAUAGCUCUGUGCUGGGCUAUGACAGUGUGGCUGGAGUGAAGGCUGCUGUGCAAGAGUAUGCUUCACAAAUUGCAGCCUGCCCUGAGACCUCCUGCAUGCUGGUGGCUGCACCAACAUGCGGCUCAUGGGGGAAUGAAUACAACGAAGCAGCCAUUGCGGAAGCCACAAAACAGAUCUCCGACACCCUGCACGAACCAGAGUGCCGGCUCAUUGUCCGUGAGGUGGUCCUCAUCUUUGAUCAGGGCACCAUCCAGCAGCAAUCACGUCGGCCAGCCAUGCACAAGUUCUUCAUGGCAGUCUCUGACCAAAUGCACGCAGACAAGGUCCUGAGUCACUUCACCCAGAGCCAGCUGUGGGUACGACAGCUGGCUGUUGGGAAAGACAAAGUGCCAAUGCAGCCAAUCAAGAACAUGGUGGAUCCACGCCGGAAUUUUGCUGCAGCAGGCGGGUCUACUGACAUCAGCAAACAAGCUCGGCGCAAGCAGUGGCUGUCUGGAUGGCCUGUGGUUGCUGCAUUCCACGAUGCACUUUGGCCAGGAAUGCCAGUGACCCAGAGGUCUGUGGCAGCCUGGAUUGAUGUCUUUGCCUUUGACCACUCUUUGCCAGAGGCUUUGAUGCGCAGGGCAGACACCAGUGGCACACCGCACCAGCUCUAUGUGGGGCUCCUUUGGGCAGAGAUGAACAGCAGGGACAGCACUGCAGUGGACCAGCCAAAUCGAAAGCAGAAGGAGCAUGCCAAGAUUGCCAAAUGGCUCCGUAACCAAAUUUGCCGGAAGCUCCACUUGGUUUGCACGGAAAAUGUCUUGAAGAUUGAGGGUUGGGUUCCCGUGUCCACCUACCAGGAGUCACGCACCUCACCAACCUUCUCUGAGAGUGACUUCACUAUGACAUACCCCGCAGCUUCCAACUCUUUGCCCUUGCGAGACACUGCAUUGGACCUCCUUGAGAGCAAGAUUCAGAGCCCAGAGGCACGAGCAGAGUGGGAUGCAGCGGUGGCUGAGCACAACGCAGAGUGGAACCCAUCAGGCGUUCCGCACCGCUCCGAUGUGAAGCGCCCAGCUGAAUCAGGUGCAGAAGGCGCCACCCCUGCCAAGAAAGCCAAAGUUCUUGAAGCUGAGAAGGAUGGGCCUCAAACAGUGGAGGAGCUUGCGUCCCAACAUGGAAAACUGGUGGAGGUCCCAGUGGGCUCAGCCAAGUUGUUCUUUGACAAGAAUGGCGCUGUGUGGGCUUUGGCUUCAGAUGCUGAGUGUGAACUCAACGAUGAUGGCCCUCUGAAUAAUCUGAAGCUGUUUCACUGGCAGGAGGCCACAGCAGCUGCAAGCAAGUCCAAAGUCUUCCCCAUGGUCUUCAAGAAUGACUUGGAUGUCGCUUGCUUUACCACUGACAGCAAAGGACCUGAAAAGCGCAAGGCCCUUCGCAGCUGGCUGCAUGGCUUGGAAGCUGAUGGGAAAGACCUUGACCAAGCUGGUGACACAACUGGCCGUGUCUACGAUGUUUCCAGCACUGAGAGCUGCAAUUUUGUGCCAGCCAACACCCCCCGCAAGAUUGGAGGCAAGGCCCCUCCAGAUUGGGAUGAUGCUGGGAGCUUCUGCGUCAUGGGCCAGCUGGACAAAUCGGAUCCCGAAACCAAGAAGCAUCAGCUGGGGAAUUUGGAGCUGGUGGACCGCUGGCAACUUUCUGAUACUGAGCAGGGUGUGCAGUGUGUGCCUGUGAAGCCAGGGCUGUUUCCAAGCCAGCCACUUUCCUUGAAGAAGGGUGUUCUGGCCCGGCUGGCGUAG